UUUCUUGCCGCAAACUAGUUGGUCAAAUUGGACCAAAAAACAUAAAUUUCGCAUAAAACUGCAAAAAAUUCUAGGUUUAAAACGUUACUCAUUUGUUUCAAUGUUACAAAACCUGUCGGUUCAACGAACAGUUUAUUUUAAAAGCGCAGUACUUUUAAAUCAACAGAAAAGCGUCAAAUGAGACGUCAAAGUAAUUUGAUACAAACGAAAACGUAUUCGGUUUCCAACAAAAAAAAAAAGCUCUGUUGUUUUUCAUCUCAACAAUAUUGCGACUGUCUGAGUCUGAUAGUGAUAACCCGUAAUCUUCGCCCGAUCAAACAAUCCAAAUUUCGGUUGUGACUAAUUGCUGCUAAGCCUUAGCAUCCGCGGCACUGGUAGUUGUAGCAGUAGCGAAAGCAGAGCGCGGCCAUGGGACAGCAAGUGUCCAGCCUGCCGCAGAAAAUCGUUUGCAACGAUGCGGUGGAUUCGCUUCAGUUCGAAAUCAAAAAGCAGGCGCAGAUUUUCUCCGAAAUCGGCAGCCUAACCUACGAGGACUUUCAGAAGUGUUUGGCCGAUCUGAACAGUUUGGCCCGCAAAUGCCUGGACCCGAACGGCAAACAGCUGGUGUUCGCCGUCAAAAAGGGCACCGACAGCAGCGUGCUGUGGAAGGGAACGGUGCGGAUCGCCUGCGUCAAGGUCGAUCCCAGCAACAAGAAGGUCGAAGCGUACAAACUGCUCAAUCUGAAGCAAUUUCUGCAGGUUUUUCGCACCUUCCAGACGAACCUGCACGCGAUGGUGACGGUCGAGACGCAACGGAUCCGCAGCCCGGCCAGCAGUCCGACCCACUCGAGCUCGACCGGCAGUGCGGCCGGGUCGUUCGAGCGGCCCGACUGCAGUCCCAACUCGCCGGGCGCGUUUGCGUUUCCGACCAAUCCGACCGCUUCGAUUCUGAUGGACCACGUUAAUGGGAUUUGCGGCUCCGGAGGCAGUAGUGAUGAUUUGCAGGGCGCCGAAGGCGGUACCGAGUGCAGCGAGUGUUGCAUCUGUUUGGAGCGGAAACCGGAGGUUUCCCUGCCCUGCGCUCACAGCUAUUGCACUCCGUGCAUUGAACAGUGGAACAUACACCAGAAGCGGUGUCCAAUUUGCGACGAAGAGCUGACCAGCACCGACGAAACGUGGGUUCUUUCGGAGAUGCCCGAAGCGGAGGAGAUCAGCGAGGAAAUUUGUGCCACUUUGAUGAAACUGUCCGUUUAAAGAAGUCUGACACGGGCAGCAACAGCAAGACAAUGAAGUGCGUGUGCAUGUGUGUACCUGGUCGGCUAGAUGGAGCGUUGUGGUUUGUGGCAGAGUAUUGUGCUUGUAAAAUUUUAUUGGUUUUUAAGAAGGUUAAACCUCUCUUCUGCGCUCUUUUAUGUUUAUUUGAUUUAAUGUUAAGACAAAACAUUUACCCCAAAAACUUUCGAAUCAAUCGAAUAAACCAAGAAUGUAUCUAACAGAAAGGCUCUGCCUUUCGUCAAAUUGUACAUUUUUCCCCUUUUAUUGACCCCAAAAAAAUAGGACAAAAUUAAUUGGCCAAAAACCCUUAAGAGAAAUGUGAUGUGUUUUUAAAUUUAUCGUUAUGUUUUAAAACCUGGAUUGAACCUUCUUAAAAAGCAAACCACCUCUAGGCUUAGUUUAUAGUUUUAAUGGCAAUCAAUAUGAACCAUACAUCAGAACUACUUGGCUGUCUGUUGACAUAUUCAUUAGAAUGUUGCGAUACUAUUGAAAAAAAAAGAUAUUAAUACUGUAUGUACUCGAUUGCUUGGAAAUAAAAGUUAUCCCAUGAAUCCCAUGAA